AUGACCUCGAUCUUGCGGAGCCCGCAGGCUCUCCAGCUCACUCUGGCCCUCAUCAAGCCUGAUGCAGUUGCUCACCCCUUGAUUCUGGAGGCUGUUCAUCAGCAGAUUCUGAGCAACAAGUUCCUUAUUGUGCGAAUGAGAGAACUCCUGUGGAGAAAGGAAGACUGCCGGAAGUUUUACCGAGAGCAUGAAGGACGUUUUUUCUAUCAGCGGCUGGUGGAGUUCAUGGCCAGUGGGCCGAUCCGAGCCUACAUCCUCGCCCACAAGGACGCCAUCCAGCUCUGGAGGACCGUGAUGGGACCCACCAGAGUGUUUCGAGCACGCCACAUGGCCCCAGAUUCAAUUCGUGGGAGUUUCGGCCUCACCGACACCCGUAACACAACCCACGGCUCAGACUCAGUGGUUUCAGCCAGUAGAGAGAUUGCAGCCUUCUUCCCCGAUUUCAGUGAACAGCGCUGGUACGAGGAGGAGGAGCCCCACUUGCGCUGUGGCCCUGUGCACUACAGUCCCGAGGGUGGCAUCCACUUUGCUGCUCCAGCAGGGGGCCCGGGGCCAGCCUGA